ACUAGCACUUACUUCUUUGAUCGAUCACUGUGUUUUCCUAGUUGAGUAUGUUCUUGUAAUCACCUAUUAAUCGAUAGGUAAUGAAUUCUAUUUGGGUUUAUUAAAGUCUUUCACGAUUUGCAGAGAGAAGCGAAUUUGAAAAAUGGUGAAGAAGAGUUACCCGGAAGUGAAAGAGGAGUACAAGAAAGCUGUUCAGAGAUGCAAGAGGAAGCUCCGUGGUCUUAUCGCCGAGAAGCACUGUGCUCCCAUCGUCCUCCGUCUUGCAUGGCACUCGGCUGGGACAUUCGACGUGAAGACGAAGACAGGAGGACCGUUUGGAACGAUAAGGCAUCCCCAAGAGCUAGCCCAUGAUGCCAACAAUGGUCUUGAUAUAGCAAUUAGGCUUCUUGAGCCGAUCAAGGAGCUGUUCCCCAUUCUGUCUUAUGCUGAUUUCUACCAGCUAGCUGGAGUUGUUGCUGUUGAGAUCACUGGAGGACCCGAGAUUCCAUUCCAUCCUGGUAGACUGGACAAAGUUGAGCCACCUCCUGAAGGUCGUCUGCCUCAGGCCACCAAAGGUGUGGAUCAUCUAAGAGAUGUGUUUGGUCGGAUGGGACUCAAUGACAAAGAUAUUGUUGCAUUGUCUGGUGGACACACCUUGGGUCGGUGCCACAAGGAGCGCUCAGGAUUCGAGGGAGCAUGGACACAAAACCCGCUCAUUUUUGACAACUCCUAUUUCAAAGAGAUACUAAGCGGAGAGAAAGAAGGACUUCUUCAACUACCAACCGACAAGGCUCUUCUCGAUGAUCCUCUCUUUCGUCCCUUUGUUGAGAGAUAUGCUGCAGAUGAGGAUGCCUUCUUUGAAGACUAUAAAGAAGCUCAUCUGAAGUUGUCAGAACUCGGGACACACUCUCUCUCCAAUGGACCUAAAAUGAACAUUCUCCGACCGCCGACGUCAUCACCGUCAUUUCCUCCAUACCCAAACUCCGUUUCUCUUAGUCCUCCGGUGUCUUUCACUCUCCCCAACAAUUCCAUCACCAACGCUGGUCGUCCCACGCGUCGCCCAAUUUUCCAACGGUCCGCCUCCGGCACUGCUAAUAGCUCCGCCGGAGACCUCUCGUCGUUCUUGGGCUCCUCUUCAGAGGCGUAUUCAACACACAACGACCAAGAGCUUUUGUUUCUCCUCCGUAAUAGAAGAACCGAUGAAGCUUGGGCUAAGUAUGUUCAAUCCACUCAUCUCCCUGGACCAACUUGUCUUAGCCGUUUAGUUUCUCAAUUAUCUUAUCAAUCUAAACCCGAGAGUCUCACGCGCGCACAGUCUAUCCUCACGCGCCUCCGCAAUGAACGCCAGCUUCAUCGCUUGGACGCUAAUUCUCUCGGUCUCCUCGCCAUGGCUGCAGCGAAGUCUGGCCAAACACUUUACGCCGUCUCCGUCAUCAAAUCCAUGAUUCGUUCUGGGUAUUUACCUCACGUUAAAGCGUGGACAGCUGCAGUAGCUAGUCUCUCUGCUGCCGGAGAUGACGGACCGGAAGAAUCUAUCAAACUUUUCACCGCUAUUACGCGACGAGUCAAACGUUUCGGUGACCAGUCUUUGGUUGUUCAAUCGAGGCCUGAUACGGCGGCGUUUAACGCAGUGCUUAACGCUUGUGCAAAUCUUGGUGAUACUGAGAAGUACUGGAAGUUGUUCGACGAAAUGUCUGAGUGGGAUUGUGAGCCUGAUGUCUUGACUUACAAUGUUAUGAUCAAGCUGUGUGCCAGGGUUGAUCGGAAGGAAUUGAUUGUGUUUGUGUUGGAGAGGAUUAUUGACAAGGGGAUUAAGGUUUGUAUGACUACAAUGCAUUCUCUUGUUGCAGCUUAUGUAGGGUUUGGUGAUUUGCGUACUGCGGAGAGAAUUGUUCAAGCGAUGAGGGAGAAAAGGAGAGAUCUUUGUAAGGUUCUACGAGAAUGCAAUGCUGAGGAUUUGAAGGAGAAAGAAGAGGAACAAGCAGCAGAAGAUGAUGAAGAUGCGUUUGAGGAUGAUGAAGAUUCGGGUUAUUCGGCUCGGGAUGAGGUAAGUGAAGAGGGGGUUGAGGAUGUGUUCAAGAAAUUGCUGCCUAACUCGGUUGAUCCGAGCGGUGACCCGCCAUUGUUGCCUAAAGUCUUUGCACCAGACUCAAGGAUCUACACGACGCUGAUGAAAGGUUAUAUGAAGAAUGGCCGUGUGGCAGACACAGCUAGAAUGCUUGAGGCGAUGAGGCGUCAAGAUGAUAGAAACAGUCACCCAGAUGAAGUUACAUACACCACGGUUGUGUCAGCUUUUGUAAAAGCUGGGUUGAUGGAUAGAGCACGACAAGUGUUAGCCGAGAUGGCUCGGAUGGGUGUUCCUGCAAAUAGGAUUACUUAUAAUGUUCUGCUCAAAGGAUAUUGUAAGCAGUUACAGAUAGAUAGGGCAGAAGAUUUACUAAGAGAGAUGGCUGAAGAUGCAGGGAUUGAGCCAGAUGUGGUUUCCUAUAAUAUCAUUAUAGAUGGAUGCAUUCUUAUAGAUGAUAGCGCAGGAGCUCUAGCGUUUUUCAAUGAAAUGAGAACGAGAGGGAUUGCACCAACUAAGAUUAGUUACACAACUUUGAUGAAGGCUUUUGCAAUGUCGGGGCAACCCAAGUUGGCGAAUAGGGUGUUUGAUGAGAUGAUGAAUGAUCCAAGGGUCAAAGUUGAUUUGAUCGCUUGGAACAUGUUGGUUGAAGGGUAUUGCAGGCUAGGUUUGAUUGAAGAUGCUCAGAGAGUAGUUUCAAGAAUGAAAGAAAACGGGUUUUACCCAAAUGUGGCAACCUAUGGGAGUCUAGCCAAUGGGGUUUCUCUGGCGAGGAAACCUGGUGAGGCGCUCUUGCUUUGGAAGGAAAUAAAGGAAAGGUGUGAGGUGAAAAAGAAAGAAGCACCUUCAGAUUCUUCUUCAGAUCCUUCUCCUCCGAUGUUGAAACCAGAUGAAGGAUUGUUAGAUACGCUAGCGGAUAUAUGUGUCAGGGCUGCGUUUUUUAAGAAGGCAUUGGAGAUAAUCGCAUGUAUGGAGGAGAAUGGGAUACCUCCGAAUAAGACGAAGUACAAGAAGAUCUAUGUGGAGAUGCACUCGAGGAUGUUCACUAGCAAACAUGCUUCACAAGCCAGAAUAGAUAGGCGGGUAGAACGAAAGAGAGCGGCUGAAGCUUUCAAGUUUUGGCUCGGUUUACCUAAUUCUUACUAUGGAAGUGAAUGGAAGUUAGGUCCAAGAGAAGACUAGAUCAAGAUAUUGAUCAGGCUACUCUCUUAUACAACAAUGUAUACUAGGUUCUACCGUAGAUGUAAGUCAGUAGGUGUGAGUGAACAACGACAUAAACAUUCAACCCAAGUCCAUGGGAUAAUAUACCAAGGAGUUUCUGGCAUUGUGUAAUAUACAAUUGACUGAUUU